AACAAUCUUUUCAAGUCAAAGAUUUUAUUUUUUCAACCACAUUCAUAUCAUCAAUUUACAAGUUUUACAAGUCCUAAUAUUAAAAUUAACUGUAUUAAUUUUGAGUCUGACAAACAUUUAGAUAAUGAGUUUAACGAUCAAUCAGAUUAUAGAUUUGAAGAACAGAUAGAACUUUAUAAAGAUAUAUCAAAUAUAAGCCUUUAUAAUUUUGUUCUUAAAAAGCAACUAGUUAAUACUAUUGAUGAAGCAUAUGCUGCAGUUGAGGCUUUCACAUAUUCAAAUAGAUUUGAAAUUAGAAAGG